GGGACCGUGCUUAUAGUUUAUACAAAGCAAUGCAGUGCAGAGAUUUAUCACAUAUUUUGAUAUUUACGUACUUUUAAUUCGUAUUUACUUUAUAUCAAUAAAUUUGUAUCUGAUUAUCUUUUCGAAUUCUACAAUCUACCGCGCAUUUUUGCGGCUAUAUCUCGGAUGUUGCCUGAUGAAUUUGGAUUGUUAUUUUAGCGGAUAGUCAGGCUGACUCAGGCAGUACUGUUGAUGCCAAUGCGCGAUAUUGGACACCAUAAGUGAUAAGGAGCCACUGCACCAGUGUUGUGGAAUCACGGUUUACUGAUAAAACAUCUGGAAGCAGACGAUCCUUGCAGAAUGUUGGACAUUUACGGGCUCGUCAGCGUUCUGCCUCGUCUUCCGCUGACGAUUGAGUCGUUAGCUACCUACGAGGACAACAUCUUCGUGGGCACCCGCGAGGGCCAUCUGAUCAUGUACAAAACGGAGUUCCGUGGCACAUUCAAUAAAGAUGGCAUCGAAGAGGCAGAGAUAUCUUUGGUGAAAUCAAGCAAGAAUUUCUCCAAGAAGCCCAUUUCCCAGUUGGCAGUGAUUCCGGAGUUUCACAUGCUGGUGUGUUUAUCCGACAACAUUGUGAGCAUUCACGAUCUGGGCUCGACCGAAUCGGGCAGUUUCCCGGUGCUGGACACGUUGAGCAAGACAAAAGGCGCCACUCUCUUCACGUUGUGCACCGUACGGGAUCCCGAGUCCAAAUUCAACACCAAAGUGACCAUGUGUGUGGUUGUUCGCCAACGAUUGCUGGUGUAUCACUUGAAGUCUUCAUACGAGAAAAAAUUCGAGGAAGUGCAGACCGGUGCUAAAUUAAUGGUGCCCGAUACACCGAAAUGUGUGGUGUGGGUCAACGAUGUGUUGUACGUGAAUGUUGCCGGAGAAUAUCAACGAAUGAGGUUGAACGGCGAUUACGACAAACUCUUCCCCAUCGAUAAGAACCAGGAGCCCAAGAUCUUGCCGCUGCCGGACGGGCGUAUCGCUUUCGGUUACGAUAACCGCUGCGUGUUUGCCACGCCCGACGGGAACAUUAGCCGCGAGACGCUGACGUGGUCCGGUGUGCCCAACCAGAUCGCGCAGGAUGCCCCGUUCCUUGCCCUCUUCCCCAAUUAUGUGGAGAUCCGUCCGUACGAACCAGCCGGCAAGGGCGACGAGGCCAUGCAGCGGAUCGAGAUUGCCAAGGCCAAAUGGGCCUGUGAAUCGCACACCAAGGGAAUCACGUAUAUUGCGUCGCCCACGGCGAUCUGGGCGCUGAAGAGCGCCACGUCGGUGCAGCUGAUUGAUCGGCUGCUGAAUGCCAAACAGUUUGAAUUAGCGGAAAAUAUUGCGAAAUACUCGACAGUGGGCGAAUCCAUCAAGACGGAAUGGUUUCAGCGGAUUCGAAAUAUUUAUGCGUUCCAGCUGUUUUGUGAUCAUGAAUUUCGCAGAUCGUUCGGUCUGUACUCUGAACUGGGCACGGAGCCACCGUUUGUAAUCGGUUUACUGCCGGACUUCCUUCCCACGGUCAGAGAAACCAUGGUGUAUCCCAGUAAAUUGCCCGAACUAACCGGCUCGUCGCUGGAGAAAGCCACAUUUGCGCUCAUCGAAUAUCUAACCGAGUGGCGACAGAAAUUGAGUCUGGAAAGCAGCCGUCGCAAUGGUGAACGCACUGAAGAAGAAAUCGCCAAAUCGGACGCAUUAAUGCAGAUUGUAGAUACAUCGCUACUCAAGUGCUACUUGGUAACGAACCGCUUCCUGGUCAGCACGCUGCUGCGCCUGCCCGAUAACCACUGCAACUUUGAGGAAAGCGAGCGUUGCUUGAAGAAAGCCGACCGUCUGGAUGAGCUGAUCAUUUUGUACAAAAGCAAAAAGUGCCAUAAGAAAGCGUUGGAGUUUUUAAAAGGCCAGAUGGAUCUGCCGAAAUCGACCUUAGCUGGCCAUUUGAAAAUGGCGCAGUAUCUGGGAGAAAUCGCCAAAGAUGAACUGGAUUUGGUGUUUCAGUAUGCGCGCUACGUUAUCCGAGCGAAACCCAUUGAUGGUCUAAAGAUUUUCACGGAUGAGAAUUUUGACUGCAUCGACAUUCCGCGCGAUCGGGUGUUUGAAUUUUUGAAUCGGAAUGCGCCGGACCUCGUGGUGCCCUAUUUGGAGCACAUUAUCAAUGUGUGGAACGAUGAGACGGAUGCGUUCCAUACUGCACUGGCGGAAGCCUACAUCAAGCGCGUGGCGGCAUUGAUUAAAGAUAACGGUGACGCGGUGGCCAUCUCGGAGUUGCGGAAGACGUUGCAGGGUUUCUUGGCUGCUUCCGAGCACUAUACACCGGCGGUCCUGCUAGCACAUGUUCCGCUUAAUUGCAUGUUCGAAGAACGCGCGCUGAUUUUGGGGCGCAUGGGUCGGUUUGAGCAGGCUCUCGGACUGUAUGUUCAUGUGCUGAAGGAUGACGACAAAGCCGAAAAGUUCUGUGAGCAGUUUUACGAUCCAAAGAACAUCGACGCCUCCCAAGUAUAUUAUCUUCUAUUUAAAACCUACGUCAAACCACCGGAACCCAGUACACUGGGCGUUUUGCUGAAUGAUCCGCCCUCCACAGAACGGAAGCUGGACGAAGCCUUCCGCAUCCUCCGCCGACACAGCAGCCGUAUCGACUACGCCAAGGGCAUGGAGCUGGUGCCGAAGACGGUGUCCGUGGCGGAACUGUCGGAUUUUCUCAUCACGGCGCUGCAGGUGCUGACAGCCCGUCGCCGCCAGGUGGAACUGAUGAAGAGUCUGCAUUACGCGGAGUAUCUACAGAUGCAGUACCGGCGUAUUGUCUGGGAGGGUGAGAUGUUCACGCUGAGUGAGGAUGAUACGUGUGAGAUCUGCCGGAAGCGAAUCGGCAGAAACACAGCUUUUAUCCGAACUCCUAAUAAAAAGCUUCGUCAUUACGCUUGUGGAAACAUUCCCAGACGCUAAAUGGACCAAGUCACUGAUUUCCGUUCGAUAUUUUUUGGAUUUGUCUUGUCUGUGAUUUUGUUCUUUCCGUACCAUUUUACAAGUUUUGCAUGCUGCGUUCAGUACGCUGCAUGAGAGUUGAUGCUUUUUUUAUUAUGUACUGUUCUGGAAAUGUUUUGGGUUUUGCGCAGCUAAAGUACUGUACUUACCGGUUCACCAGACGUAUUAUAAACAGUUAUAAA